UUGCGCUCAUCAUCAACAUAUUCUCGACGAAACAUUUUUUUUUACUUGUUACGUUGAUUUUGUGGCGUUUAAAAUUGCGAAUAACCAGCGCAAAGUUGGCCGUGCGAACAUGUGCUAAAGCGUAAAUACAGUGGUGGACUAGAAAUUAAUGAAAUUGCAGAAACAUUCCAGCCAGAAGCGAAGCUUAGUGAAGAGAGAGCAAGCGAGAGAGAGAGAGAGAAAGAGCGAGAGUGCAACAAAAUAGCGGCCGGCUGUUAGUCCGUGUGUGUGUGUCUGUGUGGGAGUGUGUGUUUGUGCGUGGAAGAUCUGCAGAGGAAAAACCGUUGGUUCGUUUCGCUAAUUUGUGUUGUUGCAUCGCCGCCCAGCAACAAAAAGAAAACACAGAAGCGCGUAGGCCGGCAAAAGAGGAAAAGGAAUAAGAGAGAUAUUAAAUAAGAGUGCGACUAAAGAGCGGAAAAGGCUGCCACACAAGUGAUUCAACGUUUCUCGCCGCCACAAUGAACUCCGAGCAUGGAUUCAAUCCAGCCUUCAAUAUGGCCACCAUACGGCAAGCAUUCACAGAGGCUGUGGAGAGAGUCAGAAUGCCCACGCCCACACGCCUGCGCGACCUCAUCCGACAGAUUCGCGCCGCCAGAACCGCCGCCGAGGAGCGGGCGGUGGUCAACAAAGAGUGCGCCUACAUACGGAGCACGUUCCGCGAGGAGGACUCCGUCUGGCGCUGUCGCAACAUUGCCAAGCUGCUGUACAUACACAUGCUCGGCUAUCCGGCUCACUUUGGCCAACUGGAGUGCCUUAAGCUGACGGCCAGCACGCGGUUCACAGACAAGCGGAUCGGCUACCUGGGCGCCAUGCUGCUGCUGGAUGAGCGGCAGGAUGUCCACCUGCUCAUCACCAACUGCUUAAAGAACGACCUGAACAGCUCGACGCAGUUCGUCGUAGGCCUGGCCCUGUGCACUCUGGGUGCGAUCGCCUCUCCGGAAAUGGCCCGGGAUCUGGCCAGCGAGGUGGAGCGUCUAAUGAAGUCCCCGAACACGUACAUCCGCAAGAAGGCGACGCUGUGCGCCUUUCGCGUCAUCCGCCGUGUGCCCGAGCUGAUGGAGAUCUUCUUGCCGGCCACGCGUUCCCUGCUCAGCGAGAAGAAUCAUGGAAUUUUGAUCACUGGCGUAACGCUGAUCACGGAGAUGUGCGAGAACAGCUCGGACACGCUGAUGCAUUUCAAGAAGGAUAGCGGAAAUCGAGAGAUUGUGCCGAACCUGGUGCGCAUCCUGAAGAACCUGAUCCUGGGCGGCUAUUCGCCGGAGCACGACGUCAGCGGAGUGAGCGAUCCCUUCCUGCAGGUGAAGAUCCUGCGACUGCUGCGCAUCCUGGGCCACAACGAUCCGGAUGCCUCCGAGGCCAUGAACGACAUUCUGGCCCAGGUGGCCACCAACACGGAGACGAGCAAGAAUGUGGGUAAUACGAUCCUCUACGAGACGGUGCUCUCCAUCAUGGACAUACGCUCGGAGGGUGGUCUGCGCGUCCUGGCUGUCAAUAUCCUGGGACGAUUCCUGCUCAACUCGGACAAGAACAUUCGGUACGUGGCGCUGAACACGCUGCUGCGAACGGUGCACGCGGACACGUCGGCGGUGCAGCGGCAUCGCACCACCAUUCUGGAGUGCCUGAAGGAUCCGGACGUCUCCAUACGUCGGCGGGCGAUGGAGCUGUCGUUCGCGCUGAUCAAUGCACAAAACAUACGUACAAUGACCAAGGAGCUGCUGCUCUUCCUCGAGAAGGCGGACGCCGAGUUCAAGGCGCAGUGCAGCUCGGGCAUGAUCCUCGCCGCCGAGCGUUACUCGCCAACCACGCGCUGGCAUUUGGAUACGCAGCUAAGUGUGCUGAUUGCAGCCGGGAACUAUGUGCGCGACGACGUCGUCUCCUCCACCAUACAGCUGGUGUCCAGCAGUCCCGUCCCGGAGCAGACGUACAUUACGAAUCGCUUCUGGGAGUCGCUGCAGGUGGCCAAUCACUGCGAGGACAAGCAGCCGCUGCUGCAGGUCGCCGUCUGGGCCAUAGGCGAGUACGGCGAUCUCUUCAUGUACGGCGCCAACGAGGAUGAGUUUGAGCGGCCCACUGAGAGCGAUCUGAUCGCUGUGUAUCAUAAGUUUUUAACCUCUGCUCAAGUCUCGACCACAAGCAAGCAAUAUGCUCUGGUCUCCCUAGCCAAGCUAAGCACACGUCUGCAACAGUGCGUAGAGGAAAUCCAAGCGCUGAUCACGUCCUUUGGCAGCCAUCUGAAUGUGGAUCUGCAGCAGCGAGGCGUGGAGUUUACGCAGCUCUUCGGCCAUUACAAGCAUCUACGUCCCCCGCUGCUGGAGAAGAUGCCGGCGAUGCAGAUCAGCAGGAUUAGCUCGCAGAACGGCGAGAGCGGCGGUGGCUCCUUCGACGACAACAGUCCGGAUGUCAUUGAGAAUGGCGUGGAGGGAGGCGGCGGUGGCGGACACUCACUAAUCGAAAGCAAUAUGAACACUCUAGGAGACAAUACGAACAUUCUGCUUGAUCUGCUGGGCAGCACGGAUCUGUCGGCGGGCGGCGCUGGCGAUUUGGUGGCAGCCACGGAUCUUUCAAACGCCGUGCAUAAAAAGAACUCGCGCAAUGCCAACGAUGUGGUGGCGCCCGUUUCCAAUAACCAGGAUCUUUUGGAUCUGCUCGAUUUGGAUUUGUCCACGCCCUCGUCCACGACGACGGGUGCGCCGGCGGGCGGAGGAGGAGGCGGCGGCGGUGGCGUUGGCAUCCUGGCCCUGGCCGGCGAUAAUAAUCAGAGCAGUGCGGCGAACAUGAAUAACAUGCUGGGUGGCUUGGACCUGGGUGGCUUUGGAUCUGGUCUGGACAGCUCGGUCAGCAUACCCACAAAUGGCAACGAUCUGGCCAGCAUGCUGGGCGGAUUGGGAGGAGCUCCUCCGGCUGCCUCAGCGCCCUUGGCGGCCCCAGCUGCUGUUGUUGGCAACCUCAUCGAUGGCCAUGGCGGCAACCUGCUGGCCGAUCUGAAUCCCAACAAUGUAGUAGUGCCUCCGCAGGGUCCCAGGCUGACGGCGCUGGACAAAGAUGGAUUGCUGGUGCAACUGGUCUCGGUCAGGGGCAGCGACUGCAUGCGCAUCUAUAUGACGACCACGAAUAGCUCAGACAAUACCCUGGAGCAGUACUUGCUGAAGGCGGCGGUUCAGAGGAGUUUCCAGCUGCAGAUGCUGACGCCAUCCGGUUCGGUGCUGCCGCCGGGCGGAGUGAUUACGCAGGAGAUGCGAGUGGUGGCCACGUCGAAUGCGACACUAAGGAUGCGGCUGCGCAUCCAGUACGUGCUCGAUGGCCAGCAGCAGGUGGAGCAGACGGAGGUCAGCGGAUUCCCCGAGCAACAGCCGGCGGCGGCGGCCGAGGAGUAGGACUGCAACUGUAUUAAAGCAAAACCAGAUUAGCCUAAUAUCGGAAAUAAUUCAACACGGGCAACUUGCGCAGCAGCAGCAACAACAGCAACAGCAACACUAAGAAAACACACACACUGUGGUUGUCACACAUUUAUUGUAAAAUAAGUUAUCACACAGAUACACCCACGCAAUCGCAUCUAGAUCAGAGCAUUUUCCAGAUCGGCGCACAGCGUUGUCAGACUCAGACUGUUUUUUAACCGGGAUAGUCCAGUCGGCGCUCGGUAGCAGAGAGAGAUAGGGGAUACACCCAAGCAGUUAACUUAUAUAUUUUUUCUAAUUUAUAUCUAUACAAAAAAAAACACACACUACUUGUCAAAUCAAAUUAUUUACGUUUACCUUGUUUUAUUAUUAAUAAUUUUCUCAUUUUAAAUGGUGUGUAAACUCUUGUGUGUAAAAGACAACUUUCAGUUUUAUUUAAGACAAUAAAAGUCAACCCCCCGCUAUCCCCAUAAUGAAUGGCAACUAACAACAUAAAAAAAUGAAAAGAAAAGAAAGGGAAAAAAGAAAGAACUUAAAUGUAUUAAAACCGAUUGUGAAAUUAUGUAGCAAAAGCAUUUAAAAAGCUUAGCAUUUUAAAGGAAUCGAAAUGGAGCGAGUUGAAUGAUGUUUGAUGCCAUUUCAAGCAGUUUAUUUGUUAUUUCUAUAUGUAAUGAGUGUUUGUUUUCCUCAGUCCUCAGUCUAUUUGAUCAGUUCCGGCUUCAGUUGGUCCAGUCCUGAUAUUCCCUCUUAUUUGCCCCGCUAAACACAUUCAUAUUAUAUAAAUAUAUAUACAAAAACACGGAAACACACGACCACGCGGAUAUAUAUUAUAUUAUAUUAUGUAUUGUUAUUUCCUGUGCGCACGUACUUAAAGCGGAGAAUCAGCAGCAACCAGAGAAAGUCUAAAGAAUAAAAAAGAAAACACAAAUCAGAUAGCACUGUGGAAAACUAGAUAAUAUCUAUGAUAAAUAUAAUUGUAACGGAGGAGGACGCAGCUUAGAACUAUAUAUGUAACUGAUUAGUUGCCGUCGCCGAUGAUGACGAUGAUGAGGGGCAUCGAGAAGCAAAGAAAAUCCAUUAACUAUUAUUAUUAUGAUUAUAAAUGAAUUACGCAGCUGUAUGAGGAAGAAAGAGAGAGAUAAGAAAAUAAUAACAUUAACAUAUUGUACAAUA